CUUUGUUUGUCAACCUGUUCUCAGCUGCCUAGCAAAGCAUUCAAGAUGGCUUUCGGAACUCUCUUCACCCGCGAGAACAACUGCCGCUCUACUGCCAUCAAGGCUGUAGCCAAGGCGAACGACAUCGAGCUCAACAUCGUCGAGGCUGAGAAGGGCAACGCUACCGCUGAGCACCUCAAGGCCAACGGUCUCGGCAAGAUCCCCGCCUUUGUUGGCGAGGAUGGCUUCGCUCUCUCUGAGUGCAUCGCCAUUGCCAUUUACAUCACCUCCCAGAACGAGAAGACCACUCUUCUCGGCAAGACCAAGCAGGACUAUGCUUCCAUCCUGAAGUGGAUGUCCUUCUUCAACUCUGAGGUCCUCCCUAACCUCAUUGCUUGGUUCAGCCCCCUCAAGGGCGACUCUCCCUACAAUAAGAAGACUGUUGACGAGGCCAUCAAGGCUACCGAGAAGAACUUCGCCGUUGUUGAGGAGUACCUCCUUCACAACACCUUCCUCGUCAGCGAGCGCAUCACCCUCGCUGAUCUCUUCGCUGCUGCCAUUGCCACCCGUGGCUUCCAGUACUUCUUUGACAAGCACUGGCGCGCGGAGCACCCUGCCGUCACCCGAUGGUUCGACACUGUCCGCAGCCAGCCCAUCUUCUCUGAGGUUGCUGAGAAGGUCGAGCUCCUCGAGACCGUUACUCUGACCAACCCCCCCAAGAAGGCCGACCAGCCUAAGAAGGAGGCUAAGAAGGAGGCCAAGAAGGAAGCCAAGAAGGAGGCCGCUCCCGCUCCCGCUGCCGCUGCCGCUCCUGCUGAGGCCCCCGCUGCUGACGAGGCCCCUGCUGCCCCCAAGGCCAAGCACCCUCUCGAGGCUCUCGGCCGCCCCUCUUUCCCUCUCGAUGAGUGGAAGCGCCAGUACUCCAACAUCAAGGACCACAACGAGGCCAUGAAGUACUUCUGGGAUAACUUCAACUUCGAGGAGUGGUCGAUCUGGAAGGUUGACUACAAGUACAACGAGGAGCUCACCCUCACCUUCAUGUCCAACAACCUGAUCGGUGGUUUCAACAACCGUCUCGAGGGUUCCCGCAAGUACAUCUUCGGAUGUGCUGCCGUCUACGGCGAGAACAACGACUCUGUCAUCCAGGGUGCUUUCGUCAUCCGAGGUCAGGAGCACGUUCCCGCUUUCGACGUCGCCCCCGACUGGGAGAGCUACGAGUUCGUCAAGCUCGACCCCUCCAAGCCUGAGGACCGACAGUUCGUCGAGGAUGCCUGGGGCUGGGAGAAGGACAUCACCGUCAACGGCAAGGUGUACAAGCUUGCCGACGGUAAGGUCUUCAAGUAAACAAAACAAAAGGAAAAGGAAAAGAAAAUUAAGAGCGAUGAUGAUAAUGGAUUAUGGUUAAAUGGUUGGGGGGGUAAAUGAGUUUAUGAUAUUCUAUGCCUCAUGAAGGCCCUGCUAGCUGGCAGAUUCCCUAUGGUAGUCCAAAAGAGAACAAAAUGUGUCUGUUUUACAUAGACAAUUCUUGCGUAUUAUAAACUUUGUUCCUAUG